AGAAAUAAUUAAAAUAAAAAAAGAUAAAUAAGCAAAUAUAGAAGUUUAAUCUUAUUAAUGGGUGGUUGUGUAAGUCCGAGAAUAAUAGAUCCCAGAAAAUAUGAAUUAAAAGAUUCUUUUAUGAGAGAUUAUUAUAACUAUGUUCAUAGAAACACAGACCUUAGCGAAGAAAUAAAAAGCCUUUUAUAUAUUAAUAAUUCGAAUCAGAAUGAUUUACAAAGGACUAAAUAAAAUAUAAAGGAAUUAUACAAAGAAAUUUAAAUGGAUUAUCAUAAAAAGGAUUAAGUAGAAUAAAAUAUAGAUAGAGUAAGAAAAUAUUGCUUGGAUCUUGACAAGGAAGAAGGAUCAAUUUAAAUUAAAGUAUUUAUGAUUCUAUUUGAAGAAACCUACCUAUAGAAUUUAGUCAAUAAUUUUUCAUCUCUUCACGCAGAAUUUUUGGAAUAUUUAAAAAAAUAAAAUGUAUAGAAACAAAUUUUAGAUUGUUUUAAUUCAGCUAUUUCUUAAUUUAAUGGAUAAGACUUAUAUAAUAUAGAUUAAAGACUAAAGUAGGAGUUUUAUGAAGAGUUUUAAAAAAGAUUGUCAAAUGAAUUAAAAUUAUUCUUAACUUAAAAAGAGUAAAUGAAUUUAAGCAAGCUUAAAUCAUUUGAAAAAAUACUUACAGUAAAACUUUCAAGAUCUGAUGACAUAGAUUUACAGCCUCUAAUUUAAAUGACUAAUAGUUAUUUAUAAGGAGAAUCGCAAUUCAUAAAAUGUUUAAAUACAUUAUGUAAAAAUGAAUAAAAAAUUUAAGCACAAACUUGUCCUUAAAUCCCACAUUCUAUAUACCCAAUUAAUGAGGUAAAUAAAUUUUCAGUAAAUCCUUUCCCAAGUUAAAAAUCUGAAUCACUUAGUGCACUUAUAGGUAACUUUGAACAUAUUUAUACUAGCAAUAAUAAUAAAGAGGUUUAAUAAUACAAUUCACCACAUAAUAUGAAAGAUAAAAUAAACUCUUUAGUUUUAAAAGAUAAUAAUCAGGCAAACUUAACCUUAAAUACUAAUUAAUAAGAUAAAGAGAAAUAACUUUAACACAAAAAUGAAGUUUCUAGUAGCAAAUUUGAUGCUUUAAGCACAAAAUAGACUAUCUCUAACUAAAAUGAUGAAAUUAAUAAAGAAAAUUUUAAUUAAGAAACAGAAUAGAAGCAAUAGCCAAGCUCUUCUAUCAGCUAGCUAAUCUAAGUGCUGGAUCAUAAAUAUAGUAUGCCAAACUAAUAAUUUCAUGGUUAAGAAAAAAACGAAUAAAAAUAUGAAACUAAAAAUAAUAAUUAGGAAAACUCUUCUAGCAGUGUGCUAAUCUAAGCAUUAAAUAAUAAAUAUAAUAUGGCUCACUUACCUAAUGACAGCUAAGAAAAAAAUGAAUAAAAAUAUGAAAUACAAAAUAAUAAUUAGCCUAAUUCUUAAAAUAGUUAGUUAAUCCUAAAUUUGAAUAAUAAAUAUAGUAUGUCUUACUUACAUAGUGAUGAAAAACAGAAAAAUGAAUAAAAUAAUGGAAUUCAAAAAAAUAUUUAGCCAAAUUCUUCAAGUAGCUAAUUAAUCCUAAAUCUUAAUACAAAAUAUGGUUUAAUUGAUAACUAAGCUCAGCUUUAAGAAUCUAAACUAAGAGACAAGUAAACAGCUAGUUAACUUCUAAAGGAAUUCAAUACUGAUUUACCUAUUGAUUAAAAACAGAAAGGUUCAAGUAUAUAAACAUAAGCUUUGGAUUCUAAUCAGUAAGUAUAAAAUGCUUAAAAUAUUGUGUGUUUUUUAGGAUCUGUAUUAAAUACAGAGACAAGUUGA